CUAGAAGUUUGAGAGAAAAUCUUUCUUGUUCUUUUAAUCUAGACUUCUUUUACAUAUACAUGGUCAUAUAGAUAUAGAUAUCAUCCUUGGUGUAGAGGAAGAGAGAGAGGAAGAGAGCACAGUUUCACACCUCUCCUUUAAAGGAAACCAAACAGCUUUGUCUUUGAUCUUCUACACCCUUCACAAGAGACAGGGAGAGGGAGAGAGGGGGAGAGAAAGAUAGGGAGAGGGAAAGGGAGAGAGAUGUCUACUUCUCAAGCCAUGCUGAACCAAGGCUUGUUUGAGGAUCAAGAGAUGCCCUCACAACUGGGUUUCUAUUCUUUUCAUCCCAACUUGAGUUUUCCACAAGUUGGUUGCCAACAAUCCCUAAAAGCCUUCAACAUACCCCCUUCACUUGCAGCUGAUGCUCCUUCUUCUCUCACUGAAGCCCUCCUCUCUUCUGCACCAACAAAGCAAAGAGAAGACAUCACUCCUCAUUUGGGAGGAGCCCAACUCCUCUCCUUGCAAAGAUCAACUGCAAAUCUCUGGGCUUGGGGAGAGGUGAAUGAGUGCUUGAGCAGCAAGAGAAGUAUCGGUGGAGAUGACCACCUGGGUGUCUCUGCAAUGAAGAUGAAGAAGAUAAAAGCCAGAAGAAAGGUGAGAGAGCCUAGGUUUUGCUUCAAGACCAUGAGUGAGGUGGAUGUUCUUGAUGACGGUUACAAAUGGAGAAAGUACGGCCAGAAAGUUGUAAAAAAUACCCAGCAUCCCAGGAGUUACUAUCGUUGUACACAAGACAAUUGUCGCGUAAAGAAACGAGUCGAGCGACUAGCGGAGGAUCCAAGGAUGGUGAUAACGACGUAUGAAGGUAGACACAUUCAUUCGCCCUCCCACGAUUUAGAAGAGUCGCAAGCUCCAUCCCAUCUCAAUAAUUUCUUUUGGUAGUAAGCAAAAGCUAAUUAAGACCAAAGUACUGAUCACAGCUUUAUCGGUCGAUCGAUAUAGAUUCCCCCGAGCUUAUGCCUGAGCUUAGCUUAAUUAGCUUAGCAUAGCUAGCUUGAUGUAUGUCCUGCAACCUUUGAUGAUAAUGUUGAUCAUUAGUGGCACAAAAAUAAAACAGUGAUGUGUGUAACAUGCCCUUGUUUGUUGCUGCUUAGUAAAUAAACGAUUACAAUUUUGUUUUAUAAUAGAUUGGUUUCAGUAUCAGUAA